UCUUGAGCUAGGUCCUGCUUAGGACUGAAAAAUUAGGCCAUCUAAUUUUUUUUAUAUGUAUCCACCCGGUAUAUUUGCAGCAGUUUUAUACAUAUUCAUAUUUAGUACGUGUUUUCCCUUUCUUUCGGCCUUAACAGAAUUUACUCCGAUUUUGUCUGAUUUCAGAUUAGUACCGCUUUAUGCAUAUCCUUCAAACUGAUAUCACAAAUGUUCCCUUUACAGGAUGCCUCCUGCAGGCUACCCUGAUGGUUCCAUUUGCUGGAGUAUUAUGCAACAUUCCAUGACAAAUUUACGCUAUGUCUGUGACGACAGCCAUGCAGGUCGAAUGUGCAGAGAGGGGAAUCAAUAUCCAUUUUGUAGUUAUACAGACGCGACCGUGUGUCGAUACAACGAUAGGAGGGGUUCCUGCAUUUACUCCAAUUCAUCGUCAAUUGCAGCGUUCUGUAUCUGUCGCGAUGAUAGCGGCAUGCUUCCAACUUCGAUUACAACCGGGUAUUCAUCUCCAAGCAAUUGUGCAAAAAUUGAUGGCACAACACAAGCAACUUCACAGGGAGCCACAAAUGGGGAUUUUUUGGGAUUCACAUCGGGCCCAUGUCAAACAACAACAUCACAUCCGUCGACCACAACAUCAAAUGGCCAUCAUUCAAUAGCGCCGGACCAAUCCACUGUAGCACAUGGGCAGCCCACCACAUCAGCUGAUGGCCAAGGCAAUGCCGGCCAGGUUGGUGUCGUAGGCAUUGCCGUGGGAGCUGCCGUGGCCUUCAUUAUUCUCCUGGUGAUUCUUGUGGUGAUUUUCCUUUGCCGAAGUUGGAAACUGAAAGUUGUAAGGAGGAAACCAUCGAAUCAAGUAGAUGAGUCUGCAAGUGUCGAGAUGGGAAGAAGAGCUUCAAACAGAGCGCAGUUACCUGAGCCACUGGUAAUCAAUAACCUGGAGUACUCGUACGCGUACGAUCACUGGCCAGUGAGACCACCAAACGCCGCCACCGUUGACCCUUCGCCAGUCACCCGCGCAGGCGCACAAGUCGACGGACAAGGAAGCGUCCGCUAUGUGACAAACGGGCCUGGGUCCUCAUCUACAGAAACUUGGCCAACUACGGAGGCCGCAGACGUACAUCCAUAUUUUACUCCAGGGAGACAGGCUGGCUAUGAAGAAGUUGAAAUUGAACAUGACGAAGGAAGUGCAACCGAAGUUGCUCACUCGUCCCCAGGGCAGUCUUUAACGGAGGAAGAUGACCAUGCCUAUUUUCAAGUGUACCCGACCAGGGAGUCGCCAAGGUCACAUAAUCGCGAGACCCCUGGGUAUGAGGAAGUCGGUGUGACAGGCACUGAUGCGCAGGACAAUGCCGCCUCGAGCCCAUACCAACAGCUCAACAUAGCAACGAUGGAGAGAGCAGUAUACCAGGGAUUGAAGGACAAAGCUGACGAUGACCUCACUGGGGAGGAGAAUGCCUCGGGCCCAUACCAACACCUCGACAGAGCAACGAUGGAGAGUGCAGUAUACCAGGGAUUGAAGGACAAAGCUGACGAUGACCUCACUGGGGAGGAGAAUGCCUCGAGCCCAUACCAACACCUCAACAGAGCUACAUUGAAGAGGUUCAAUGAGGGUGGUAGACAGAAGGAUACUGGUGAUUUUGAGCAUUUGAAGGGCAAAUCUGAUUAUGAUGUCCUUUGGCCUAAUGGGGAUAACAGUACAGAGUAGAGUGACUUAAAUAAAGUCAGAAACCGUCAUUAAAACAAGCGCAAGUUGUUACCUUAACUGCGCAGUCCCUUUUAGGCUCAAUACCAAACUGGCCGCGUCUAGUGAAACUCUGUUCAUGACGCUUGUAUUGAACGAACAAGAAAUUAAAAUGGCCGCCGUAUAUCCCCGGAUUUGUCAGCAACACUACGAAUCCUAAAAUGCAUGAUUUGUGUUGGGUGACUUUGUAUACAAUUCAAAAUUUCGAUGUCCAAUUUCAGUCAGGCAAAUACAUUAAAGCGCACAGCUGUAAUGCCACAAAAAAACAUCGGGGCCCUUAAAGCGGGCCGCGAACCCCACGCCGUAAUUUUUGGGUCCA